CGGCGGCAUCGUGCCCGCCGUGUAUCUCUCCCCUUCAGUAUGAAGCCGACGACCGUGCCAGCUGCAGCGGCUGCACCUGCCGCACCGUCCUCGACAACGCGCGACCAUCGUGUACUCCGCUGCGCCCGCGACGCGCGAUCCUGAUUCCUUUACCGACGAGGCUCGGCACGCGUCUCGGAAUCUCCCGUCCCGUCGAGAGGAUCCCGCCCGGGAUCCUCUCCGCGCAAGCGGAUCGAUCCGCCGUAACGGAAGGCCGGAAGGGGCACCGAUCGCGAAUCCUUUUCUCUCUCUCUCGGUCUGUCUCUCCUUCUUCUCUUCGCUCGCCCCGUCGACGAGGAGCGUCGAGAUUCGUUGAGACGCGUGCUCGUGCACGUGUCGCACCCGGGUGGACAGAGAUAAUCGCGCGUGUGCAUCCGCGUACGCGCGCCGCGCCGGGCUCGCGUCAUCGCGGGUGAGAAGAACUGUGAGGGAGGCCGCUUUUCCCUACCGGACUAAAAGUGAAAACUCGUCCUCCGUCCUACACCCGUUCGUCGCCUUGGUAUCGGACUGCUCCUCCCCCCGCCCCCCCCCCCCGUCGGUGAUAACCUUGGUAAUUAGGCGAGAGAGCGGGCGGGCUUCGCGGGAUAGCGCGACGAUCACUCGUCGCGGCACAAGAUUUCGUAAUGCCACCGCCCUGUUAUCGACAUCGUUAGGUGGUGGGCCCUCGCAAUGGCCUCGAUCUUAGGAGACGGAACGGGCCCCGGGGGCCCCGGGCCCUCCCGAUGCCUCUUGCUCCUGCAGAGGUCCCUGGCGAUACAAUUGAUCCGAGGUUCGCCUCCUCACGUCACAAGCAGCGGCCAACGGGAAAGUCCAAAGGAGCACCCGGCCGACGAGAUGUGGAUGUACGACAAGGGCUACAAUCUGUUUCAGAGUUUCUUGGAAGCGAAUUCCAAAUGCUGGUGGAACGCGGCUCUGGUGGAUGCGACCCGGCAGCUAAGGUACAAGGGCCACGUGUCGCCGGGCGUGCUGAUGGUUGGCGGACCGCCCUGCGCCCUCGAGGUUUUGAGGGCGGCAUGGGCGCGAAACGUUCUACGACCACCCGCGGACCACUCGAUCACCUGCCUCGGUGAUAUAGAGGACUGUCUGGUGGCUCCAGUUUCCCAAGGUCAGUUCACGCCGCUGCCAGAAGCCUUGUGCUGGGCCAUUCUGGAGCUGACUUCCCAGCGGCAGGCGGCGACCUUGGACACCCUCAGAUCAGCCCUGAGGAAUGCCUUCCCGGCCAUGCAGAGGCCCAGCCGCGAGCUCGUUUACGACGCGCUCGCCAAGCUCAUGCAAGAACGAAAGAUCUAUCACACGUCUCAGGGCUACUUCGUCGUAACGCCCGAGACCAAGAGGCUUAGACGCGACUCCGGUAGCUCCAGGCGGUGUUCCAGGGACGUGAACGGGUCCAGAGGUCAGGGUAGCAUGCUGAUGAGCAACGACGAGGCGGUGGCGCUCGUACAUGGCGAGAUGCUCACUCUGCGAGACGGCGAUGUUACGCAUCAGGCUGUACAGACCAACCUGGCGGACGUUAUUUGCGGAGGAAAUCCCAACGACAAAGUCCUGUUCGCCAGGUGUCGGUCGAUGCCCGGCCGUCUCGAGAGGCGACACUCUCUGCGGCUUUGGGGCUCGGCCAGACGUUUACACAGAAGCGGAAGUUCACGGUCCCUACCGCGCAGACCUGAAAGGAGCGACACGUCUUCCAGCGCGGAAUACGCGAGCACGGACAGCGCGCCUCACAGUCCAACCAGCUUUUCCGGGAUUUUUUCAGAGAAGAUAGGCCUGCUCUCCAGGCUCUUUCGGCGGAGCACAAGGAGGAAGGGCGCACCGUUAAUGGGCACUUUCAGUGCUCAGUAUCCCCCCACCGAGUGGUUUAAUCCGCGCGUCGUGCAUCUGCAUAGCGUUGCCACGCAGACAAGGGCCGCCAGCCCUUCGAUGAUGGAGGGUCUAGACCAGUCGCAGGCCAGUUUCCAAGUAUGGGACGACUCGAGCUCGGUGCGAUCGGCCACUUUACCAAGGCGACAUCGGCGCCAAGCCAGCGGCGACUCCUCGAGCUUGUUGGCCAACUCGACGCCAAGGAGCUCGCGAAGGCAUCGGUCACCGUGCUCCACUCUGCCGAGGUCCAAAUGCUCCAGUCUGAGCAGAUGCACGUCCAGAGCGUCCGUUCUGCCGCCCAGCACCACCAACCAGGAGGGCUAUCAAGCGCGUAAUCAGACGCCGAACGAUAAAAACUCGACGAAUUCGUCGCCCAGCAGAAGCGGCGGCAGCUCCGGUUCGGUUAGAACGAUGAAUGCCAGCCCGGCUAAGACGGCUACGUUGGGGAGGCCUAACACCAGGCAGUCCAACUCCAGAAGACCAAGUCACGACUUCAGCAACGGCGGCACCAAGUCGGCCAACGGCUCUCCGCAGCACAAGGUGCUGCAAAAAACUUCGUCGGGCCACUCGUCUCACUCUAGCGGCAAGUCGGUUUCCAGUACGAAAUUGACUUGUUCGCCAUUGAAGACGGCCACGCUGUCGACGAAAUCGUCACCGCUCAAAGUCGUUCAGCAAGGUUCGCUGACUCCUCUGCAAGAGGCACAGAACUCGAUAACCCUUCAGGUGUCCACCAAUCUGAGCCCGUCGUCGCAGGAGCAACGGACGAUACAGAAUAGCGUGACGCUGGCUUCUAACACGACCAGCACGACGACCAUUUCCGGCUCGCCCGGCACGAAGAUCUACGUUCAGCAGAAUAACUCACCGAUGAGGUCCGUAAUCACUUUCGAGAACGGCACGGUGAAGACGAAGAUUGCCGAGAAGGAAGUCAUCGACUGCAAGGAGAAGCAGGAGAGGGAGCUGGUGGCCGAGAAAGCCUACAAGACCCGGGUGGACGACGAGAAGCUUUUUAAAUCGAAGCUAGACGACGAGAAGCUGAACAAGCCGGUCAAGGCUGAGCGUCCGUCGUCGCUGUACGCGUCGAAGGAACCAAAAGCGAGCCUUUUACUGUCGGAAUCCGACAAAGAGAACAAGCCGAAAGUCGAGGAUGAAGUGCCUAAUAAGCUAAAACUGACCAACCGCCUCAACAAUAGUCAGGCCCAUCUGAUCGACGGCUCGACCAACAACGUCGACAAGAACGCCCUGGUGCACGAGGCUGCCGCGUUGUCCACCACGAAGAACACCAACGACGCGAUGAACAACUCGCGUAAGCUCAGCUUGUCGCUGUCGAAGGACGCGCUGAGCUACCGCAAUCUACUUCAUCCCGGUUCGAAGAACAACAUCGCCUCGAACCCGCCGUCGCCCACCAAGUCGUACGACGGCUUCGGCGGCUCCUUCAACGACGUCUACAUCGAGAACCUCGAGACGGUGAAGCAGCAGCGGGCUCCUCAGGGCUCCGAGCCCAACCUGGACAAGACCGUGAGCCGAGGCUCGGAUCUGCACUCUUAUCCCAGUCUCAGCGACAUGCAGGUGCAAUUUACCAGCCUGGCGGCGCAGAAGAUCCUCAAGGGCUGCCCGAUCAACAGCGUCGACACCCUGGUGGAGGUGAACAUGGCGGCCGCCGAUAAGCCCAACAACUGCGACGUCACCGUUCACACGGAUUUCGGCCUCGUUUGAAUUUCGUCCCCUCCCAAGAAACAGCCUUCGAUUAUCGUACCAUAAGGGUGGGACGAGGGGUUGAUUCUCGCGUCCCGUCCGAGCAUAUUGCGUCCAUAAGAAAAAAAAAAAAACAACGUGCCUCGAGGCGAGCAGUAUCGAAGGAACGUCACUAACGCCUUGCUUCUCAUACACGAGGAUAGAAAGCUACUCUUUUCCUUCUUAAGUUUUGUUUGUUAGUGGAAAAAGGCCACGGCUUGCGUAAGAAUAUUGCACACGGAACAUGCGUAACAGUUACCAGUGAUCUGUCGCUUACGUACAUUUCUCCUCUCUGUGUUCUUUAAUGAGCAUCCGUGUUCCCGAACGAUCGCUGUGCCAAUCUUUUGUACUGUCCGGAUUUAUCAAUCAAAUUUUCGAUCUCGCUUUGAGGCGAUUUUUUCAAAGACCACCCCGAAAAAACACCCCCCCCCCCCACGAUCGAAUUACUGAACGUUUUAAUAUAUAGAAUUUCAAAUUGAAUUGUAAAUCGUACAAUCGAAUGACAGACACCCGGUGAGAAAUGACUCGUCGAUCGAUGUCGAAACGAUGUCGGAUCGACAUCGACACCGUCAGAUCCCGGUGAGAAAUGAUCCGUCGAUCGUUGUCGGUUCGACAUCGUUUCGACAUCGACCGACGAAUCAUUUCUCACUGGGAUUGAUGUCGAGUCGACGUCAAUUUGACAAUGUCGAUUCGACAUAGUUUCGACGAAUCAUUUCUUAUCGGGCAGGUACUUUGUCCUCGCGUUUCGUCAAAGUUGCACCGGAAAGACAUUGAUAAUGCUCUCUCGGGCAGGCGGCAGUCACCGUCUCAAGUAUCAGUUUUUGGUAACCCGGGUAUCCGAGAAUGAAGUACACCUGACUCUUUUCAAGACUCGUAGGAUUCGUGGGUACACGCGCGCGUCGUAACGUUUGUAACAUCGACGGUUUUGCGUCGCUUUACUCGAGCUAAAGCGACUUGUCAAAGCGACAUAUCUCGUGUACAACGGUCACGCGCGACCCGCAGAGCAAACGGGGAGGAGGUGAAGGACCUUUUCCGAAUUCAAGGCACUGCCAUUUUUCAAACUGCGCACUCACACUUCCGGGCAUUUUUUAUACUAAUCUACUACGCCGUCGCGGCGAUAAACGGACCUUCGGGCCUUCGUAGCGAAGUAAGAGUAAACGGUACAGCGAAGUUUUGUAACGCGAUGCGUUUAGGGGGGGGGGGGGGAGAGAGUCCUGUGAAAUCUCUCUUUCGGACGAUAACGUCGCGAUAAAGCGGCGAAAUGCCUUUAUCAGGCGCGCUAUUAAGCGCGAGCUUAACCGACCUAAAAAUUAAUAGCAAUACCGUCCCCAGGAAGCCCGGAUAACGUGGAAAGGAUCGAGGAACGAUCUUGCGAGGGUCGCGACUCCCGUUGCGCCCCGCGCACAGCGGAGAUUUGAUAUCAAAUAUACAUAUGUUAUACAUAGCGUAGAGGAAGGGCGUUUUUUUCCCCCGGAGCGCGCGGCCGGUACCAUUCGCAAUUAGUGCAAUCGUAAAAUCUGUAAGUGCCAAAACUUAUCGUAGUACUUAAUAACGACCGCCUUAACGAUUCCGUUCGCACGGCGAUUUCGCGCGGUGCCGUUUCAUCGGGCGGCGACGACGCCCAGGCGGGAAGUGGCUUGUCGAUCGACGUCGCAACCACGUGAGUGCGACGGACUCGAUGUCGAUCGACGAGCCACUUCUGACCGGGCGGUGACGAUUUCGGGUCAGGCGCGAGCAAACGCGCGGGAAGAAGGAGAGGGAAUGAAUCUUAAGUAACGCCAAUCGCGCGCGAAGCCGUAGUUUUAUAUUGUUAGAGAGAGGAAAUAAAAGAGGUAGGGAAUUAACGUGAGCACGAGAGACGAGGAAUGAGAGCCCGCUUUGUACAUUUCGUACUCUGUACCGCAGAUUAACCGAUCGACGACGCGGGUUCGCUCUACGUUUCGAAAAGCGCCGACUUUCCGCUGGUGUCGUUUCUUUGAGUCACCCGUCGUUAUCGAUUAAAUAAUUACGAGUGUCGUGCGUCGAUUGGUGCCAGAAAUAAUUGUCGCUUGCGAAUUAUUGCUGCUACGCAGGUAACAAUUCUUUAUGGCGCUGCUGUAUAAAUUAUUAUUAUUAUUAGCGCUAAUCUGUAUAAAUUAUUAGUAUAAUUGAUCUUUUAAACGGUUUAAUGCGACUUGAAAUAUAUUCAGAAAUUUUUUGACAUCGAUCUCGGUACAAACACACGCGGGAGAUUUUUAAUUAUUUACAUUAUAAUUGAACUAAUGUGUGAUAUUUGAAAAUUUGUCAAGGAUGAUAUUGAGGUCCGUUAAAAAUGAGUUCAAAGCUCGAUUGAUUCAAUUGUCGGGUGAUAUUUCAGUAAUGGAUACAAUUGAUAAUUUCUUAUCGAUAAACGUGUUGUUAAAACAACAAAGAGAUUAGAGAUUACGAUUAGAAAUUUUUCCUCGAGCGACUCUGCCGGUCGAACGACUAUGUGUCCACUUCUACCGGUGUAGAUCAACUUUAAUCUCGGUUAGGUCGUUUACCGUUUCCUAAUUUCAAUUCUCGGAAUUGGAAGGAGACACAAAGUGGGUCAAACCGGGAUCAGAGCUGAUCUGCGUCGAUAGGAACCCAGAGAUAGCGCGGAGAAUCCAAAGAGUAUCCAAAGAGAAUUCUUUCUGAAUUCUCGAACUGCAAAUGAAUUCUUUCGAACUCCAUUUCUGCCCUAAAAAACAUUCUCCAAGAGUCCAAAAAGAAUUCGUCCUUACGUCACGAAUUCUAAGCUCCUUUUCAACUUCAAUCCCGUUCCACGAGAAGUCGGGAAAAGUGUUCCAUGGAGUCCUUUUCCAGCGAGAAACGAUGUCGAAUCGACAUCGACGCCGUAAAAUUGACGUCGAUUCGAUAUCGCCUUCGCGUCGUCAAUUUCAAGCUCUUUUUUUUUUAGCUUUAAUCUCGUUCCACAAGAAGUCGAAAAGCAUUCCAUGGAGUCCUCUUCAAACCAUCGGAAGGGCAGCCUCUCUGAUGCUUCCAUUUCGAGUACGUUACAUUCGGAGAGAAUUUAAAAAGACAAACGAAUCCUCUUUGAGUUUCGAUCACCUGCGUUUUGGGAGUGGACGUAGAAGUUAUCCGAUUACAUUAAUCGGAGGAUACGGCGGACGUCGCUCUCGGGUCCACAUUCCCUCGGGGAAAGUCGGCGUCCGCGAGCGGCGGGAACGUUUUCCGAAUCCGCGCCCCUUAUUUCUUAUCAAAACUAACUUGUAGAGUACCACUGUAUAAUCUCACGUAUCAUUAUAACAACGAAAGCAUAUGAGUAAUAAAGAAAAGAGUUGAAAAAGG